AAAACGAAAUUAUUUCGCACCAUGUCAAGCAUGCCAGUUCAAAGUGUUAAAAAGCUGUCGCAUUUAUUUCAACCGGCCACAGCUACGAUCGCUACCGCCAAAAAGACAGAACUCUCCUCGAAAAGUUACGAGAACUUGGUUAAAUAUGGGCUGAUCAAACAAGUCACCAGCGGCAUGUACGCAUUUCUACCUUUAGGCUUACGCGUUAUAAAUAAAUUAGUGGCGCUUGUUGACGUUGAAAUGGAAAAGAUUCAGGCACAAAAGAUGUUGCUUCCAGCUCUAACACCCACGCAUUUAUGGAAGAAAACAGAUAGGUUUAAUGACAAUGUAAAUGAAUUGUUUAAAGUUCAAGACAGAUCUCAUAGGCAAUACAUACUCAGUCCUACGCACGAAGAAGCAAUCUGUUCUAUAAUAUCGUCAGUAGGAACAUUGUCGCAAAGAAUGUUUCCCCUAAGAUUAUAUCAAAUUUCUACCAAAUGGAGAGACGAGGUAAAACCAAGACUGGGAUUUUUGAGAAGCAGAGAAUUUAUUAUGAAGGAUUUAUACACAUUCGACAUAAAUGAGGAAAAAGCAAAAGAAACUUAUGCAUCAGUGUCCGAGGCUUAUGAAAAUAUAUUUAAGAAAAUAGGAAUAACAUACGUCAAAGCUAUUGGUAAUCCAGGAUCAAUUGGAGGCUCUGUCACUCAUGAAUAUCAUUAUCUAAGUGAUAUUGGUGAAGAUGUUGUUUGUACGUGCUCAUCGUGUCAAUACAGUAUCAAUAAGACAAUGCACAAGGAAUCACAUUGUCCUGAUUGUAAAGAUACACUCAAGGAGCAAAACAGUGCUGAGAUUGGACAUACAUUUUUAUUAAAUACAAAAUAUACAGAACCUCUAGAUGCAGCAGUAAGACUAAACAAUAAACCAACGCCCUUGGUAAUGGGUUGUUUUGGACUUGGUUUGAGUCGUAUUUUUACUGUUAUGGUCGAAUUGUUAUCUACUAAAACAGAAUUAAGAUGGCCAAAAAAUUUAGCACCGUAUACUGUCUGCAUUAUUGCACCAAAGACAGGUAGCAAAGAAGAAAAUUCAUCACACUACGUAAAAGACAUAAUUGAUAUUUUAACUCAAUUAAAUAUAGACAUUAUACUUGAUGAUAGAACAUACUUAACUAUUGGAAAUCGUUUAAUGCAUGCCCGCAUAACUGGAUUUCCUUAUGUUGUUAUAGUUGGUAAAUCUAUAUUACAAUCUCCACCUUUGAUUGAAAUUCAUGAUAUAAGUAAUUCAAGAAAUUGUAAAAUACCUUUGGAUAAUUUAUCUGGUUACUUCAGUAAAGAAGAUACCUAGAUUUAAAGAAGUAAAAUAGUACAUUAUACUGCUGUAAAAAGUACAUUAAAAACAUCUACUCUUUAGUAAGAA